CAGGCGUUUGUGUCCUGGUUGCCAGACUCCUUCCCGCCUGAGAGAAGCCUGAGCUUGGGAAAGCUUUUCCUGAACCACCACCUGACUUGUGUGUUCAUAUUUUUUUAACUAACUCUCAGACCCAAGUCAGAAAAUCAAGCUUGAAGACAGCCUGCCAAGAAGCGACGGAGCGUGUUCUCAUACAAUAGCUGGAAAUACUUUUGAGUUUCAUUUUGAUAGAGCAGUUUCAUUCCUCUCAUUGCAUCACCAUGACUGGCAGAGGGAGAGGGAGACCAGGCAAGGCGAAAAACCCUGACGCUGAAGGUGCAAAGAGAAAAAUCAGACCUGAAGAAAUUAAACAAGUACCUCUGGGUAGGUGUCCAGACGACACAAAGAAGAAGGAGACUGAAACCGCAAGGAAACAGAAACCAAAGGAGCAAAAGGCAGCCUACGCUGAGGAGAAGCCAUCUGUACAGAAUGCCAGAGAAGAAAAAAAACCCAGGACACCUGCAGAGGACACAAAGUCUCCUGCACGAGGCGCAAAAGCCAAAACUUGUGCUGCCAGGAUUAAGCCUACAGAACCAUCCAUAGAGGACACGGCAAAGGAUUCUCCAAAGACGAAAAAAGGAAAAAAAGCACGAGGUGGAAAGGCAAAAGCACAAGUACAAUUUGCUGAGGAGACAACAGAGACGCAGCUGGAACUUGCACAAGACCAAACAAAGACCGAAAAAACUAGAAGGGCUCCUGAAAAAACCCCAAAAGCUAAAAUAUGUGCAGCCGAAGCAGAUUUGCUAAAGGAAUCCACAGAGAUGACAACCAAGAUGCAGCUGCAGACACCUCAGGGCAAAGCCGCAGUGGACUCUAUCCUCAAAACAACUCUGAAAAACUUGAAGAUAAAGACGUACGACAGAUCAAACGCAUCAAAAGUCGUCAAUGCAAUAACAGAUGAUAUAAUCAAGCAUUUAAAAGAGAAUACACGAUGCUUUCAAGGAGUACAACAACCACUACGUACUGGAAGUUACUAUGAGAAUUUAAAGAUUUCUAACCCUGAUGAAUUUGAUGUCAUGGUGCCCUUUCUGGUCGAGCGUGUGCACAUUGAACCGUUUGGAGCUGACGGGGCCUUUUACAGUGUGGAAUUAAAACGUGGCAACAACCCUCUGAGAAAAUUUCAAAAGAACAGCAUCUUAUCUGCCAGUGAAAUGCUUCAGGAGUUCAGGGAGGAAGUGAAGAAAUGUGUAAAAAAAUCUAAAGAAUGGCGGGUGACGAGAAAGAAAGCAGGCUGCCCCGCAGUGACCCUGACCACAGAAGUCCAAUCAGUGGUUAUUUCCCUGGAUAUUGUUCUCUGUCUUCAAGUUAAAUCAAGCUGGCCGUCUUUCACAACAGAAGGCUUUAAAGUAGAGCGCUGGCUUGGAGCUAAAGUGAGGCGGGACUACAGGCUAAAGCAUUAUUAUCUUGUCCCAAAAUACGAAGGCAGGGGUAACGUGGAAAACGAAGAUGGAGUACUUGCUAAAGAUAUUUGGCGAGUUUCAUUCUCUCAUGUUGAGAAGGCCAUUCUGAAGAACCACGGGUCGGACAAGACGUGCUGUGAACAAGAGGGAGCGUCCUGCUGCAGGAAGGACAGUCUGAAGCUCCUGAAGCACCUUCUGAGCCUGCUGAAGGAAAGCAACCCUUCACUGGGCAAGUUCUGCUCCUACCACGCCAAGACGACGCUCUUUCACGCCUGCUGCUCCAGAACUAAAGACAGCGAGUGGAAGGCCUCGGACCUGAGCCACUGUUUCCAUCUGCUGCUGCAGGACUUCGAAGGCCACCUAGAAAAGGCUGAACUCCCCAACUUCUUCAUACCCAGUCAGAACCUGCUCUCGGGUCCCGGCAAGAAGAAGUGCAAAAUUCUGGCUGAUUGUAUCAAGGAGGAGCGCCUCAAGGGCUUCCCUAUUUUCGAGCAACAACUCCGAAAGUGUUUGGAUUGAAAGUGUACCAGCCUCACAGUGUUCGAAACAUCCAAGAAGAAACUGAGAAGCUAAACUCAGGGUGCUCUCAAGUAAAAUUAGGAGAGCAUUUAUGUCUUUUAAAGUAUUUUUUCCAUUGUUUUGUUUAGCUAAGUUGUUCAAAUGGAAACCUGUUUUGAUAAAUAUAUUUGCUCGUA